AACCAAUACUCCCUCAGCCCUCUCUCUCUCUCCUCCACUUCUUUCUCGCUCUAUACUAAGCCUGAGAGUUAUAUAUAUAUACAUAUGAAGAAUCUAAGCUUUUGAUCAAUGGAGAAGAAGGACGGUAAAGAAAACCCGAUGUUGAGAUCAGACCCACCUUGUGACUCUGCAUUUUCCGAUCAGAUCCCGGCCGGAACUUUUUCCUUGCAGACCUUCUUCGACCUGCCGCCGGUUGAUCAGACGGACGGAGAGCAGAGCUCCUUCUCCAUCUCCUACUUGGAUUUGGUUCCCGGCCCCGAAGAUGAAACCAUCACUGCUUACUCCGCCAUAUUCGACCUUCUCCAAACGCCUGUUCCGCCAUCUUUCUUGAUACCUCCGCCGCCUCAUAUGCCGUCAACGUCGCCGGAGGUGGCGAAAACUCCUGUCACCCCCAUCUCUCCCUCUCUAUCCUCCUCUUCGAAUGAAGCUGCCAACAAAACCGCUGAUGAAGGUGAAGAAGAGGAUCCCAAAGACAAAGCUAAGCAGCUGUUGAAACCAAAAAAGAAGAAACAGAAGAGGCAAAGAGAACCAAGAGUGGCGUUCAUGACAAAGAGUGAAGCGGAUAACUUGGACGAUGGAUAUAGAUGGAGAAAGUAUGGCCAAAAAGCAGUAAAAAACAGCCCAUUUCCAAGGAGCUACUAUCGUUGCACGGCGCCUUCUUGCGGUGUGAAGAAGAGAGUCGAGAGGUCGUCACAGGAUCCAUCAACUAUUGUGACGACAUAUGAGGGGACUCACAUACACCCGUGUCCCGUAACUCCUCGGACAAGCAGCCUCAUUGCGACAGUGCCGAAGGCCCCCAUCAGCCCCGGUGUUGGUGGUGAUGGUGGUGGUUGUAGCACCAGUGGAAGAAGUUCAGCUUUUGGUGUACCUUGCCCCGACCCCUUCUUCCGUCAUCCGAUGCACCACCACCAACAACAACAAGAGCAGCAACAUCAACAACAACAAGACUCGUUUUAUUUUGAGUCUUUAGCCCGAGAUUUUCGCCCUUUGAGGUUCCCCAACAACUCAUCAUGUGGAGCAAGUAGUGAGCUGUUUUCUGCUCCAAAUGAUUUGCUUCAAGAAAGAAGGUUAUUUGUUCUUCCCCCUCCUCCUCCUCCUCCUCCUUCGUCUUCAACGGUGAGCCGGAAUCAUGGGCUUCUCCAGGAUAUCCUUCCAUCUGAGAUGAGAAAGAGGCAAAACAAAGAUGGGGUGAGUGGUGAUGAAUGAGUUCUAUGAUUGCCUGACCAGGUGAUCACAACUUCUGCUUUGAAUGAAGCUGAGAAAUUAUCUAAUAUGUUCCAUCUUUAUUCAUUUUCGAGCAUCUUGAUCUCGGUUCAUUAAAUUAAAAUGUUCAUGGAGAGAAAAAGUAAAGAUGGAUCUAGCUAGCUAGGGUUUAAUUUAUUAAGGUUAGAUAUUCUUGAAAUGUGAAUUAGAUCGAUGAAAUGGCUGGCUGGAGUGGAUGAUAUAUGGUUCUUUUAUGUCUUGUUUCUUAAUUAGUUUUGAUAUGGAUUUUGAGCCAUGGAGAUAUUGGAUUCUAGCUUUUGUACAUAUUUUUCGACCACC